ACUCCAUCCGCUCAGAUGGAGAGACUGAGGCUGAGAGAGAAUUGAUUGCCUUAAGUCCAUUUGAUGAAUUCAUGGCAGGUCUCCUUUUGCCCGCUUGGGACUGGGUUUGUCUCUUAGCAGGACACGGAGGAUUAAACCAGCUGGGUGGAGCCUUUGUGAACGGCCGACCCCUGCCAGAGGUCGUACGGCAACGCAUUGUGGACUUGGCACACCAGGGCGUGAGACCCUGUGACAUCUCUAGACAGCUGCGGGUCAGCCACGGCUGCGUCAGCAAAAUCCUGGGCAGGUACUACGAGACUGGCAGUAUACGACCAGGUGUGAUUGGGGGCUCCAAGCCCAAGGUGGCAACACCUAAAGUGGUGGAGAAGAUUGGAGACUACAAACGGCAGAAUCCAACCAUGUUUGCUUGGGAAAUCCGGGACCGCCUCUUGGCAGAGGGUGUCUGUGACAACGAUACUGUUCCCAGCGUGAGCUCCAUCAACAGGAUCAUUCGCACAAAAGUGCAACAGCCGUUCAAUCUCCCGCUGGACAACUGUGUGGUGUCAAAAACCUUGAGCCCUGGUCAUAACCUCAUUCCUAGCUCCACUGUGACCCCACCAGAAUCCCCUCAGUCAGAUUCUCUGGGCUCCACCUACUCCAUCAAUGGUCUUCUGGGGAUUGCUGUGCCCAGCAGUGACAACAAGCGGAAAAUUGAUGACAGUGACCAAGAAAGCUGUCGGCUGAGCACAGACUCUCAAGGCAGCAGCAGCUCCUCCCACAAACACCUGCGCAGUGACACCUAUGGGCAGCACCUCCUGGAGUGCCCCUUUGAAAGGCAGCAUUGCCCGGAGGCCUAUGCUUCCCCCAGCCACGCCAAGGGAGAGCAGGGUAUUUAUGCAUUGCCCCUACUGAACAGUUCCAUGGACGAAGGCAAAGCCAUGCUGACACCUUCCAACACACCACUUAGCCGCAACCUGGCUGCCCACCAAACAUACUCUGCUGUGACAGUCCCAUCAGACUCCUCUCUGCCGUUCCUUGUGAAACAGGAACCCCCUGAAGUCUGCAGUACUCGCUCCGCCCCUUCCUCCUUACCUAGCUCUGCAUUUUUGGACUAUCAGCAAAUUGGCACCGGAGGCUCUGUCCUGCCUUGCAAUGCCUUUUCUCACACGACCUCUGUCUAUGGCCAGUUCACAGGCCAGGCCUUUGUCUCAGGGCGUGAAGUGGUUGGUUCCACCCUGCCUGGCUACCCUCCCCACAUCCCAACCAAUGGGCAGGGCAGCUACAGCUCUUCUGCAAUUGCUGGCAUGGUGGCAGCAGGAAGUGAUUAUUCCGGGACCGCUUACAGCCAUGCCCCUUAUUCGAGCUAUGGGGAUACCUGGCGCUUCCCUAAUUCAGGCCUACUGGGUUCCCCGUAUUAUUACAGUUCACCAUCACGGGGCCCGGUGGCCCCCACCGCCACAUACGACCACUUGUAGAUGAUACCAUCACUGAAGGAGCCGGGGCAGCCCUAGUGAAUCAGAAGAAACUAUUUAUUGCCCAGCAACGGAGGGAGAGAGCAAAAGAGACUAACUGCAGCUCAACGCCCAGGGGCCCGGCACACUGCAUGCAGCCCUUGAGCUGAACAAGAAGUGCCCAGCUUGGGCCAAGGAAGGAAGCCAAGCGAGCAGCUACAUGGGGCUAUUUGCAUGGAUGUGCAAGUCAUACUGUGACCAC